CGGUAGCUGUAUUCUUGUUAGGGUUUCCUAUGCGGUAAUUUUAUACAAUCGAUCGAAAACCAAGCGGUAUUUAUCGCUACCGGUACCGGUCACCAAUAUCGCGAAAGUGUGGAAUGGCCUUAAAACUCUAAUUCAUUAAUUAUCUUUCACGUUUUUUUUGCGCAUACUAUUAUCAUCGAAAAGAAAACACCAUACGAUCAGUCCUUAUUAACAUUAGCAUAACAGCAUAUUUUGUUUAAUUUUUUACGAUCACAUAAUGAACCCAUCAUGAAAAAACACCGUGAAAGUCUCAAAAGUCAAUAGAAAAAAACAUGGUGCAAUUCUCAAAAGUCAAUACAUACAAUAAUAAAAUACAGUGCAAAUCUAUAGACGAUCAAACGGUCCGCAAAAAUCAGACGUCAACGGACUAUACGCAAGUUGUGGUGGCUGUUAAAAAAAAUAUAAGCAGGUAAAUCUACCUAGUGAUUAAAGGACACUGUUCAUAAAGUUAGAAACACAAUUCGAUAUGGAUGAGACAAGCGAGGCCCAGGCGGUGGCGCAUACCUUGCUGGAGCAUCAACCGCAGACACCGCAGAUACAAGAUACGAAACUAAUAAGGACAUUGAGAUCAUGCUGCAUUAUCCCGCAACGGUACAUCGUUGGAGUGAUGGGAUUGUUGGGAGUAUGCAAUGCGUUCACAAUGAGGGUCUGCCUCAACCUGGCCAUCACCCAGAUGGUGAACCACACUAAAUCAGACGGUUAUCAUGAAAGCCCUGACGCUUGCCCUAGCGACGCCAUCGAUAUUGUUAAUACUUCUGCAGUUCAUCCUGAUGGAUAUGUCUCGAAACCGUAUGGCGUAUUUGACUGGGAUGAAAAAACUCAAGGUCUCAUACUGAGUGGGUUUUACUACGGCUACGCACUCACUCAAGUGCUUGGAGGCUACCUGGCUGAAAGAUUCGGAGGAAAAUGGACUCUCGGUGUUGGCCUACUGAGUACCGCUCUUUUCACAUUCCUGACUCCUUUGGUUACAAGAGCUGGAGGUGCUACAUGGCUAUUUAUCCUUCGAAUUCUUCAGGGUAUGGGUGAGGGUCCGACAAUGCCGGCCCUCAUGAUAAUGCUGGCCCGCUGGGUGCCUCCUCAUGAGCGGUCGUUCCAAGGGGCGCUGGUCUUCGGAGGAGCACAGAUUGGGAACAUUUUCGGUUCUUUCAUAUCAGGUGUUCUAUUAUCAGGAGACAACGACUGGUCAUAUGUGUUCUACUUCUUUGGCGGAUUCGGGUUAUUAUGGUUUUGUUUGUGGAGUCUAUUCUGCUACAGCACCCCGAAUUCACACCCAUUCAUAUCGAAGAAGGAACUUCACUAUCUGAACACGAACGUGACAACAGCUGAUAAUAAGGGAGCCAAGGACCCCGUACCCUGGAAGGCGAUACUACGAUCUCCUCCCGCAUGGGCGUUAGUUUGUGCUGCUGUUGGUCACGAUUGGGGCUACUACACAAUGAUCACAGAUUUACCGAAAUACUCAACUGAUGUCCUCAAGUUUAACAUCAAGACCACUGGAACGUUGACAGCCCUACCGUAUAUCGCUAUGUGGCUGAGUUCCUUCUUGUUUGGAUUUGUUUGUGAUAUCUGCGUCAAGAAGGGCUGGCAUACAAUAAAAACUGGCAGGAUUAUACAUACCACUAUUGCUGCCACCGGUCCUGCAAUCUGCAUCAUCUUGGCGUCAUACGCCGGGUGCAACCGAGUCGCUGCGAUGGUGUACUUCAUCCUAUCCAUGGCUCUGAUGGGUGGAUUCUACAGUGGGAUGAAGGUAAACGCUCUCGACUUAGCACCAAAUUACGCCGGGUCGCUCACCUCUCUCGUCAACACCACGUCUACCUUUGCAGGCAUCGUAACCCCAUACCUUAUUGGACUCUUGACACCCAAUUCCAGCCUUAUGGAGUGGCGCGUGGUGUUUUGGAUAUGCUUCAUAGCUUUAGUCAGUACUAACGUGGUGUACUGUAUCUGGGCGGACGGCAAGCAGCAGUGGUGGGACGACGUGCGCCAGUUCGGCUACCCACCCGAGUGGAAGCACGGCCAGCUGGUGCCCACCGAGAGCCCAGACACGGUGCUAGAACUGAGCCAACAGAACGGUACUACUAAGCAGUGAUCUCAAAACAAACUAGAUUUUUUAUUAUUUGGUAAGACCUUGUCGUUUGUAUUGUUAUUAUUAAUAUACUUGGGUGAUGUGUAUGUGUACCUAUGUGUAAAUACAAAUACAAUGUUCAAGCAGUAACCUUAUUUUAAGAAUGUCUCUUGUAUUUAGCUAAGUCGUGCAUUGUGCCUAAAUGCAGAUUUAAAUCACAUUGUUAAAUAAUAUGUAAGCAUGACUUAAACUUUUAUGAAUUUUGAAUUAGCAGAAUUGUAUUUAAGUAUUGUAAAAAUAAAGUAAGUACU